UUGGCCAAACCACCAGACAUAAGAUUCUAUACAUCUUGAUCCUCAUAAAAACAACCGUCAUGGUUGAACGUCUGUUUCCGUGAACACUAUCAAAUUGAAAACAAAGAGCGUGUGCGCCACCGUGUGGUCAAGACGAUCACUGCAGGAUCAGAUCGUAAAAGGGGGGAUGAAGCAAUCUCUGUUAAGGUGGGGAAGCGAUCACGGAUGUAUGAGUAUUGAACCCGGUGACUCACCUGUCUGAGGUGAGGGGUAAUUUAAAAGGUGCAGGUAUAAACGGGUGCGGUACUCAGCAGAACAGAACACACUUAACACACCAUGGAGAAGAAGAGCACGGCGCUAAAAGAGGGCUUUCUGGUGAAAAGAGGUCACCUGGUGCGUAACUGGAAGGCGCGCUGGUUCGUGCUGACCCCGGACCAGCUGCUGUACUACAAGUACGAGGGCAGCCAGCGGGACUCGUGCCAGCGGGGGCGGAUCAUGCUGCGGGGCUGCGAGGUCACAUGCCCCUACCUGGAGAACGAGAGCCGCCCGCUGGUGUUCAAACUGAGGACCCAGAGCUCAGUGGAUCACUUCCUGGAGGCGUGUUCCCGGGAGGAGAGAGAUGAGUGGGCCGCCGCCAUCAGCGGCGCGGCGGAGGACCUCCGUCAGGCUGACGGGGGGGCGGUCGGCCCCCAGGACCCCACCUCCACCCAGCAGCACCUCCAGGACAUCAACCUCAGUCAGGUGGUGGACUCCAUGUAUGACGUCCACAGUGGCAUCAAAAUGACCAACCACGUUGAUCAAGGCAGCACCUACAGCAACUGCUUCUCAGGCUCGGCGGUGGUGGACUGGCUGGUGUUCUCGGGGGCCGUGCUGAGCCGGGCGGAUGCGGUGACGCUGGCGUCGGCGGUGAUGGAGGAGGGCUUUGUGCGCCCGCUGGGCCACCGGAGCGUGGAGGCUCUGCGGACCGCCGGCCUCACGGAGCAGUUCCUGGACGACUCCUCCGCCCUCUACUGCUUCGCGGAGACCUUUAAGAAGCGCGGCAGCGUGAAGGCGGAGACGUCGCUGGCGGCGGUGGAACUCAGCGGUCAUGUGACCCGGAGGGGCUACCUACUCAAACAGGGCCACCAGAGAAAGAACUGGAAGGUGCGUCUCUUCGUCCUGCGCUCUGAGCCCUCCUUCCUGCACUACUACGACCCCAGCAAGAAUGACGUCAUCCCGGCGGGAGGCUUCCCCCUCCGGGGGUGUCUGGUGUCAGCUCUCCAUGACAACGGUGUACCGUCAGGGGUCAAAGGUGAGGUCCAGGGCAACCUGUUCAAGAUCAUCACCAAGUCCAACACCCACUACUACAUCCAGGCUCCCACGCAGGCCGACAAGAUGGCCUGGAUCGACGCCAUCAGGAAGGAGGUCUAGACCCCCUGCGUGUCCAAACCUAGGAUCCAUUAACUCUUAACACUGUAGACUAAUGCAUUCCAUGAAUGCAGUAAUGUAGCAAUUCAAGAAAAAAGAUAUUUCAUGCCCAAUGUCAAUCCGCGACUUUCGUUUGAAUGUCGGAUGCAAUGUAUUAUUAUUAUUAAGUCGUAUUUAAUAUUUGUAUUAAAUAAAAUCAAACCUGCGCUGACUGCUCUGGAAUGCAUGGAGCGUGACUCCGAUAACGACCUGUGUGCAUGUGCGAACAUGCUGCACGUUCCUCCCUGACAGCCUCUAAGGGGCCAACAAACCCACCAAGAGAGGUGGAUCGCACAUCCGCUGACUUUACGGCUAACGUCAGCCUUUUUCCUAUCCCUUCGUACCUCAUAAUUAGCGCUGUGCUAGCCACGGAGCCAACCUGCUGGCCCUCACUGAAGGGCGCAACCCUUGCGGUUAGGAAACCUCAGCUUUUAUGUGGAAGCACACGAAACAUGUUGUUGCCUACCGAUGACUGUUUUUUCAGGUACUAGGAGACGCGUAACAAACAAAUUACAGUUUAUUGCCGUGAAGUCAAGUACAAGUGGAACAUUCCGAUCAAAAAAAGUGCUAGGUAUUGAUUACAUGGACAGUGUUAAAAAUACAGCUUUUUCAAAGCCAAAACCAGUAAACAUAGAAGGAUUAAAAAUGCUAUUUAACCUCUUGGGAGGCCUAUUGACAAAACAGAAGGAACUAUCUUCUUUCCAUGCACCUAUUUAGUUUUACAUACACAUAUAUUCGGGUGUAAAGUUGGGAACUGACUGAAUCCAAUUUUAUCUGAUUCAACUGAUUUCACAAUCAUCAUUCUUCGUGUCACUGUAAAUAAAAGUGCUUCAGUAAUUUAGCCUCAGACAAACUUGAGAUUGCACUCAAUUUUUGUGCAGGAUUACAGAAUUACAAUUAUUAAUCCUCAUUAGUCUCACUUCACAGUACUUAGACAGAUUCAGCAAUUAUUUAGUCACUAGCACAACACCCUCGAUUUCAUCAUUGCAAUUUAACAACAAAUGCUAAUUCCUCAAAUUCACACAAUUCAGUUCACAUUCCCCGCGGCGAAUUGAGGGCACCGACACGCUGACACAUUGUUAGGCCUACAUUCAGUC